AUGAAAUUGGCCAUUUUAAAUGGAAAAAAAUGGGCUUAAAUUUCAAAAUAGUUAAAACUGUAGAGAAGUGAAAAUAAUGUGAAAAAUAGAUUUAAUUGUCUAAUGAGAAAGGAAAGAAACAAUAAAGCUUAAACUUUUUCUAUAUAAGAAGGUGAUCAUGAAUCAUAAGAUUCUUUUUCAUCUAAUCCUUCAGUUGAAGAAUUAAGUUUAGAAGAAUUAAGAAUUAUCAAUUAAAUUAUCAAAAAAAUUGAAUGGAGAAUGAAAUAAGACGGUUGUGAUCCUUAUGAUGUUAAAUAAGAAGAUUUUGAUUAACAAUAAAAAAAGAUUACAUCAACUCAUUAAUUGAAAAAUAUUAAAUAAUAACAAUAAGGGGAAGUAUAAAAUCUUGCUAUUCAAAAUGUGGAUAAUAACUAAAAUGAAGAUAAUAAUAUUAAUGAUUAUAAAUAAUAAGAUAAUAACAAUAAUAAAUAAUAAUAAAACACCUUAACAUUAUAAAUUAUGGAUUUUGCUUAAAUUUCUUCAGAUGAGUAUUUAUAAUUAUAAUCAUGCCUAAUUAAUAGAGAGAAAAAUAGAAUCUAUUUUACUACUUAAGAACAAAUUAAUUAAUUUUCCAAAACAUAACCAUAAGUCAAUAUUAAUAAAGAUUCAGUAUUAAACUAAGAAUUUCUUGGUCAAUUGAGUAAUCCUAGUCUACCAAGUUAUAACAAUCUGUUAAACAAUAUACGUUUAAAUUAAAAUGUUGAAGAUCCUAUAUAAUAAAAUUAGUUAUCUAAUUAAGAGAAUCAACAUAGUAUAAAUUCUUACUUCCAACUUUUUCCAUUCAAUAACUAUUAAUAAUAGUAUUAAGGAGCUUCCUAAAGUGUAACUUAAAGAUCAAUCUUGAAUUUUCCACCUAAUUUGAAUACUCAUAAUUUUUAGUAGGUUCCUAAUUAUUUUUAAGGAUUCAAUUAUCAUAUUGCUUGCUAUCCUUAAUAAUAAUAUAAUUAAUACCUGUAAAAUAAUGAUAAAGCAUAAGGAUGA